AUGGUUGCACUCCUCCCGUCACUGAAACGCCGUCUCCUUGCAACCUCCUUGCAGAAAGGUCUUUUGGCGUUCUUCGGCUGCGUCGCCGUCGCGUUUGUUGCCAUCGAGGCCGCCCCGGGAGGCCGAGGUGGAGGCGGCUGCUGUGGAGGCGGAGUUUUCCAGAAACCAAGUGGAGGCGGAGCAGGAGGCUUCUCAAGUGGAGGCGGAGCAGGAGGCUUCUCAAGUGGAGGCGGAGCAGGAGGCUUCUCAAGUGGAGGCGGAGCAGGAGGCUUCUCAAGUGGAGGCGGAGCAGGAGGCUUCUCAAGUGGAGGCGGAGCAGGAGGCUUCUCAAGUGGAGGAAGUGGAGGCUUCUCCAGCGGUGGAAGUGGUGGUUUCUCUAGCAGUGGAAGUGGAGGCUUCGCAAACGGUGGAGGAGGAUUUUCAAGUGGAGGAAGUGGAGGAGGAUCCUACGGUGGUUCUGCAGGCGGAGGACGAGGUGGAAGCGGAGGCUCAUCGACCGGCGGUGGAAGAUCCGGUGGAGACGGAACUGUAACGAUCGCUGGUGUGGUCUUCCAGAAACCAAGAGGAGGUGGAAGUGUAGGUGGAGGUUUCUCCAGCGGUGGAAGUGGAGGUUUCGCCAGCGGUGGAAGUGGAGGUUUCGCCAGCGGUGGAAGUGGAGGUUUCGCCAGCGGUGGAGCUGGCAGUGGUCGAGGAAGCCAUGGUGGUUCAUCCAGCGGAGGCGGAUAUGGAAGAAAAUAG